GUGAGUAUCAAAUUCUGGCAGUGUGUGUAGUCGCGGAGUGACGGGUGUUGGAUUAGAUUUCGUUUUUGCGAUUGUAAUUCAUUAUUUGUUAUAGCUUCUUUCCGUGUUAAAUCUGUUACAGUAAAUUACAAAAGUAAUAUUUCUUUGUCAUGUUCAUUUGCAAUUAAAUUACGUGGUCUUGUGUUCAUAAAAAAUAUUCUGCGAAUGAGAAUGAUCAGCAUGUGUCACCACUCAUCAACAAAUUCUGUGAAACGGUGAACAGUCGCGAUGUGAGAAAAGUUAUGAUAUCAGCUGAAUAUCGACUUGAUUUAGUUAGUGUUUGUGUUGCGAACCAGUGUUAUUUAUUUUUUGUCUGGUGAAGGUGAUAAAUUCAGACUCAAAAUGGCGGACCUCGAGGCUGUGCUGGCAGACGUCAGCUACUUGAUGGCUAUGGAGAAGUCGAAAUGCACUCCAGCAGCAAGAGCUAGUAAAAAAAUAGUUCUGCCAGACCCAAGUGUUCGGAGUGUAAUGCACAAAUAUAUGGAAAAGAAGAAUGAAGUAAAUUUUGACAAAAUAUUCAAUCAAGUCUUAGGUUAUUUAUUAUUUAAGGAAUUUUGUGAACAGACUUCUGAUGAACCAGUGCCACAAUUAAAAUUUUACGAAGAGAUUAAAUUAUAUGAAAAACAAGAAUGUAUUGAAGAAAGGCGGCGGAUCGCACGGGAUAUUUAUGACAAUUUUAUUAUGAAAGAACUUCUAGCACAUUCACACGAUUAUUCAAAAGAAUGCGUAGCGCAUGUACAAAAAUAUUUAAUGAAGCACGAAGUACCACCAAAUCUAUUCGAGCCUUACAUUGAGGAAAUCUUCCAACACCUACGAGGAGAGCCAUUUAAACUUUUCUUAGAAAGCGACAAAUACACAAGGUUUUGUCAAUGGAAAAACUUAGAAUUAAACAUUCAGCUCACAAUGAACGACUUCAGCGUGCACCGUAUUAUUGGGCGAGGCGGCUUCGGCGAGGUUUACGGGUGUCGUAAGGCGGAUACCGGCAAAAUGUACGCGAUGAAGUGUCUCGACAAGAAGCGUAUAAAAAUGAAGCAAGGGGAGACUUUAGCCCUCAACGAGAGGAUUAUGCUCUCACUAGUCAGUACAGGGGUCGACUGCCCGUUUAUAGUGUGCAUGACGUACGCAUUCCACACGCCAGACAAGCUGUGCUUCAUACUGGAUCUGAUGAACGGCGGUGAUCUGCACUAUCAUCUGUCGCAGCAUGGCGUCUUCAACGAGGCCGAGAUGAAGUUUUACGCCGCUGAAGUCAUAUUAGGUUUGGAACACAUGCACAAACGUCACAUAGUUUAUAGAGAUCUGAAGCCGGCGAACAUACUCCUCGAUGAACACGGUCACGUCAGAAUAUCGGAUCUCGGUCUCGCCUGUGACUUCUCGAAAAAGAAACCCCACGCUAGUGUUGGCACUCACGGCUAUAUGGCACCUGAGGUUCUCUCCAAGGGCACCGGCUACGAUUCCUCCGCCGACUGGUUCAGUUUCGGCUGUAUGCUGUACAAGCUCCUGAAGGGACACUCGCCAUUCCGCCAACACAAGACCAAGGAUAAACACGAGAUCGAUAGAAUGACCCUCACCAUGAAUUACGAUAUAUUCCAGAAUGUGGAGCUCCCGGAGUCGUUCAGCCCCAGUUUGAAGAGCUUGCUCGAAGGUCUGCUGCAGAGAGACAUCAACAAGAGGCUUGGCUGCAAGGGACGGGGUGCGGAUGAAGUGAAAGAGCACGUGUUCUUCGCGGGCAUCGAUUGGCAGCAGGUGUACCACCAGAAGUACACGCCGCCGCUGAUACCGCCGCGCGGCGAGGUCAACGCCGCCGACGCCUUCGAUAUCGGCAGCUUUGACGAGGAAGAUACUAAAGGCAUCAAGCUAACGGAAGCUGACCAGAUGCAAUACAAAGACUUCCCGCUGGUGAUAUCAGAACGCUGGCAGUCGGAGGUCGCGGAGACCGUGUUCGAGACCAUCAACCAAGAGGCUGACAAAAUGGAGCAGAAGAAGAAGGCUAAACAGAAACAGAAGUUCGACGCUGAUGAAAAAGAAUCGGACUGCAUACUCCACGGCUACAUCAAGAAGCUGGGUGGUCCGUUCGCAAGCGCGUGGCAGACUCGCUACGCGAAGCUGUACCCGAACAGGCUGGAGCUGCACCUCGAGAACAGCGCCAAGCCCGAGAUGAUCUUGCUCGAUACCGUCGAGGAAGUCUCCUCGGACCUCGUCUCGAUUAAGGGCGAGCAGUGCAUCGUGCUGCGGACGAGAAAUGAUACGAAAAUUGUGCUCACGAACACAGACGAGAUCGGUCUGAAGGAGUGGGCGCUGUCGCUGCGGUCGGCGCACAAGUGCUCGCAGGAGCUGCUGGCGUCCAUGGCGCGCAAGGCGGGCAAGAUCUACGGCACGGAGGCCGAGCCGCGCCUGGCGCCGCCGCCCGCCGCGCCCAACGGCGGCAACUAGCACGAGCCCGCCGCGCCGCCCGCGCACUCCGCGCAGCCGGCGCCGGCGCGCAAGAUGUUCCGCCGCUCCAAGAGCGCCGCGCAGCUCAUCAAGUGAGGCCCGGGGCCCGCCACCACCUCACCGCAUUUUAUUGUUGUACGAAUUAAUGUGAUAGGACCGAGCAAAUUAACUAAACUACGAUGUAUAAAUAUAUAUUUCGUUUACCUCCCGUGACUUUCGAUUGUGGGUAAAAUAGUAACUUUUGUAAUCGUUUGCACCGAUUGAAUUUUGUAAUUAUUAACGUAACGUUCUGGAUGUUGUAUUUAACUCUGUGGUAGGUAUUGUAAAAAUUUAAUAACUUAUAAUUCGAGUAGAUAAUCAUAGCGACUACCUAUAUGUGUUUGUGCAAUAGAUCAAAAAUAUAUUAAAGUAAUGAAGAACGUAAUGAGUAAUCGGUCGAGUCGGUUAAAAUUAAAAUUAGCGAAUGUCUUGACAAUUUUAAUGCAAUUGGAUUGUUCGUUGUGCGUAUAAUUAUAGAAGCUUCAAAUUAAUCGAUUUAUAUCGUAAUUAGAAAUUCUAGCACUUUGGUUACGACUCUGAUAAUAUAAUUGCACACAGGUGGAGAUGUUCGAGCUGUUUGUGUUGUCUCCGGUUGCUCUCUUACGCAAUGUUGUCUAAGUUAACUGUUACAAAUAGUUCCUUUAAGUAUAAUGUAAAGCGGAACAAUUUCUUUAUUUAUUAUAACGGUACUUAAAUAUAACACAUGUCUGUUGUGUUCGGAACCAACUGUUCAUAUUAAGUUUCAACAUUAUUUAUAUAAUAAAUAGAAAACAAUCUAAGUAGAUCUAAUAAAAAUCUCUUUUUCAUAUAAUAUUUAGAGGCAAUACUUUUCUAACAACAUUUAGGUGUGAUUAAUAACAAUAGUUGUAAAGGCAAUAUUUAGAUGAAAAAAAAAUUAUUAUAGCAUGUUCAAUGUCCAUGAAUUUAUGUGGAAACUAUUUUAAUUAGUAUUUAUUCCAUAGACAGUUUAUUAUGGCCUGGCCACAAUGACAUUUGUAUGUUGUGUAUGUUUUAUAAUAAUAGUAUAGCAAUGCAAAUUUUAGUUAUUAAUUGUUUUGAGUCUGAUGCAGAUUUAGUUUACUUACAAAUCAUGACGGUGUGUCGUUCGAUGCCAUAGUUAUUUUUAGACCUCCAUAUUCAUUAGUAUAUGACGGACAUCUACAUAAUUUAAGAAGCUGAGCAAUACUUAGAAUGGUCGUCAGGGUGAUGUGAACAUCAACUUGUAUAUCAUAAUUUGAAUAGAACAGAUAUUAUUAAGAAUUUAUAAGGUUAAAGUAGCUUUUGUUGCUAAAUAUUAAUUAACCUUGAAAUAUAUAUAUCAACUAAUGUAAAUAGGAAACCAAAUUUUAUCUUGUUAUUUAUUUAUUGGGACUUGGUCAUCCUUGAGGGCUGCAACAGUGUCAAUAGUGGCAGGGUAUCUUAAUAACGUGCUCAAAGAGUAUACUAUAUACUUCUGAGGCAUCUAAUGUGAUCCCUUUUUCUCCUAAGGGGGUUACUUGUGAGGGAUGUUAAAUCCAUAUGCCAAGAUUAAAAGGCUCAGCUAUCCCUUAGAUACUAAUGCUGACACAGACCACCUUGUAAUAUGACCUUGUCUCAAUGAAUAAACCGUUAUAGUUGUAUAACAAAACAGCAUUGCUUUGCUUCUUACUUGUGUUUUUAAUUACAUAUGCAUUAACUAGACACUUGCGUUAAUAUGCAUUCGUAAGCACAGUGCAUAGUUAAAUAAAUAACACAAUUGUAAUACAUUUUUAAUAUAGAAAUUAGAUGCUAGUCAGAUAAAUUUUACUACACUGAUUGAUUUUAAUAAAACUAAGUAAUUUAUAUGUGUAAUGUAAUAGCUAUUACAGCUAAACAGUAUUAUAGGUUAGUUGUUUUCUUGAUAAAAUCUUUCUAUUGUGAUAUGUUUCAAACGUUUGCAUAGAAUAGAUGUAUCUGUGACAGUAGUUCUCUUCCUCCUGGUAUAUAUCAUCAGAUGUUUCUAAGAGCUUAGUUGCUAAUUUUCGCGUAACGAAAUGCCGCUUUAGAAUAUUUGAUUGCUGAGUAUAUAUUAAAGCAUGACAUUGGCUACGAGUAGUAUUAGUUAGCACAUUUGAAGGCUAGAACCUGAAUUGCGUUUGCUAAAUUCUUCAUGAAUUUCAAGGCCAAAGUAGUCGGGGAUAAUCAACAUUCCGGUAUGCCAAAUUAGAUUAUAAUGGUCGGUAAAUAUGAUGCAUUUAAAAGAUUUUAUUAUUUAUUGCGCACAAUAUUGUUUGCCUCACUAUUGAGCUAUUAAUAGAUUGCUUGUUUAUGCAACACAUGAGUAUAAAUUGUAAUGUCGAUAGGUACCGGCUAUGUCUGCAUCAGACAAACUGUUACAUACCUCUGUUAGAAAUAUUUUUAUUGUGAACCUACAUUAUGUGUAGUAAAUUGUUUAUUUAAUCA